UUUUUUUUGCGUUUCUUUUGGAAAAUUGUAAACGCGACGGAAUUGGACUGUUGAGAGAGAAAUCCAUUUUUUUUUCGUCCUUUGACACUAGAGUGAGAAUUAUUUUCGAAAAAGCAGAAAGAAAAUGUCUAAAUUAGCAGUAAAAACGUCUCCGUUAAUUACAAGUCUUUUGACUGCAGCGAAACCAAAAAUAAAUACCGCUGUUCGUUAUGCAAAAGUUGAAUUGGUACCACCAAAAUUAAGUGAAAUUCCACAAAUUGCAGCGAGUGUUAAAAAAAUAAUUCACAGCGCAAAAACAGGAGCCUAUCGAGAACUUACAAUUAAAGAAGCAUGGCUAAACACUCUCGUUUGCAUUGAAGUUUAUUGCUGGUUCUUUAUUGGCGAAUGCAUUGGUAAACGUCAUUUACCUGGAUAUAAUGUCUAAAAAAAAAAAAGAAAAUAAAUAAAAAAUUCUCUCUCUUUUCACUCUCUCAAUAGAUAUUAUGUAAUUAAAUUAAAAAAAAAAAAUAAUGUUCCAAUAAAAAUGUUGAUCUAGGUACAA